AAUUUUGUGACACAACAAUUUUUUAUAUAAAUAAUGUAAGCAUUAGUUGAUGAUUGUUGUUAUAAAUAUGAUAAUUGUAAGUUGCUAAAUAAAUAUGACAGAACUGAUUUUUAAAUUGUAAGAACGGCUAAGAAUUAACUAAAUCAAAUACUUUGAAUAUCGGACUACUUUAUUUGUCAUUAGAAGCAAAAAAUCUAUUCAAAUAAACAAAACUUUGAAAAGGGGGUUGUUAACAAAUUACGUCACCCAAUUUUCUACCUUUUUAACUCUUAUUCUCUAGUCAAAUCAUUGUAACUUUUAUCACAAAACUGUUUUCACAAAACCACUAAUCCAAUCCCCCCCCCUUCCUCCUAUAUCCCUAAACCGUGACGUAAUUUACCUCCCGGUUCAUAUAACUCAAAGAUUAUUUACAUUUAAUGUUAAAAUUAUUAUAUAAAAUAAUGUAAAGGUUUAUUAUAUUUUAUGUAAAAAACUCAAAUAAAAAAAAUUAAAUUUUUUUUCCGCCUAUUCAAAGCAAUUUUAAUCCCCUAACAAGCUAAUAGCUCGUUAAGGAAUUAAAAAUUGCUUUGAAUAGGCGGAACCUUCUUAUCCGGUGGCUCACAGUGUUGCGAUAUUUAAAACAUGCGCUUUUAAAAAUCAAAUUCUACAUAUAAUCUUCUCUACCUGUUGUUUUGUCAAAGUAAUUUAUUUGUUGUUUUGUCUUUCAAAAUCGAAUAAAGAAUCUUUAUUUUUAUUUUUUAUUUUUUAUCGUUAACAAUUUUUUAUAAUCAAAUUAAAAAAUGGAUCGAGGCGUUUUAUACAAAGAACUAUACGAAGGAUUUGUAAAAGCUUAUGGCCAUUCUAAGUCAAAACAAAACUGCCAAAAAGAAAUAAAUAUCAUAUGGAUUGAAAUUAAAAAAUGAUGAAAAACUUCUUGAAAAAGUAAAAGAAUUAUUAAACACAUAUUCAACAAAAGCAAUGAAAGUAAAAGGAAAGUUGUUUAAUUACUGGUCGUCAACUGCAACAAAAUCCUCAAUUUCUCAUGACAAAGAAAACAAAUCAAAUCUUGUUGAAGUUGAUAAAUCAAAAGCUUUAUUCCACGUAGCCUCUGAUGAAAUUGACUUUGUAGCAGAACCAUCUCAAGUAACCAAAUCAAGUACUACAGAUUUAAUUGUGCAAUGUGUUAAGACGGAGAUAAAAGUUCAAGAUUUACUAAAACAAGAAAUUAAUUUGAUUAAUGGAGAUUUGAUUGGGUUGAUAAAGAGAAAAGAAUGCAGACAGUUAACAUCGGCACAAGAAAAUGAGCUUAUAGAAAAGAAGAAGAAAAAAGAACUAGAAAAGAACUUAAAGAAGAAAAAAGAUUCAAUGUUGAGUAGCCGGAAGUUCAGAAGUAAUAGGAGGGAAGCAUUAAAAAAGCUAUGCAAAUCAUCUCCAUCAGCAAAAAAGACUCUUCACCUUCAAAUGACAAGUGGGGGUCCACGAAUUGAAAAAGAACAACCGGAUUUACUAAAAACUAUUUGUGACAUUGCUCUUUACGGUUCAGCAGCUCAUGAAAAAAGAAGAGAUGCUGUUGUUAGAAGUACAAAAACGUUAAGUGAAUUAGGAAACUAAAUUUUAUUUUUCAGCUAGGUUUUCAAGUUAGUAGAAGCGGUUCUUAUCUUCGAUUGAAUCCAAGAAACAGCGCAACUCAAGAAGGGAAGAGGUAUAUAAAAACUGCCCCAGUUAAGUUAAUUAGAUCCCAAAAUGAUAAACAUGCCAAACAUAUUGAUAGGAAAUUCUGUACAGAAACAAUCAGGCCUCUUGAAGAGAUAUCAUCUCUCUUUGGUCCAAAAGAAGUUUUUUUUCUCAGUCAGGACGGCAAAGCCAGGGUAAUAUAAGUUUUUUUAUUUAUUUAACUUUUCAUAUCAAGAAAAAUUUAAUCUGCAUUAUUAUCACAUUGUUUUAGGUUCCAAUUGGAUUGACUGCUGCAAAUAAGCAAGCACCGUUGCUUAUGCAUAUGGAGUAUAGAGUUACUCUACGAGAUCAUGACUGGGUUAUUGCUAAUAAACACAAAUUGAUCCCAUCUGUGUACGCUGCUAUUGAAGUGCACUCAGAUGGUUUAGGGAAACCGAGUUUCGUAGGUUACUCCAGCCCUACAUAUAUAGCUGUUAGAUCUGGAAAACACUCGUCAUCGACUGCGUUAUCUCACGCUCUUGAUUUUAAUAAAUUAAUUGACUUAAAAGAAUUUCAGGAUUUUUCUAAAAAUGGUUCUUUUGUUAAACCAGUUGUUAUCUUGACUGUAGAUGGAGGUCCAGAUGAGAACCCUCGUUAUCAAAAGGUAAUUGAGGUAGCAGUUCAUCAUUUUCUUGAGCAUGAUCUAGAUUGUCUAUUUUUGGCUGCAAAUGCACCAGGAAGGAGCGCUUUUAAUCGAGUCAAGAGAAGAAUGGCACCAUUAAGUCGUGAACUUUCAGGCGUGAUCCUACCUCAUGAUCAUUAUGGAAAUCAUCUUAACAAUGCUGGUUUUAUGAUAGAUAAUACUCUUGAAAAGAUAAAUUUCCAGUAUGCUGGUGAAACUCUUGCGGAAAUCUGGUCUAAUGUUUCAAUUGACAAGUUUCCUUUAGUUGCUGAAUUUAUUGUUCCAGAAAAAUCAGAAAUCUUAUCUAGUACUUUAAAAACCAAGGACAGCUUCUGGUAUGCUCGUCAUGUGCAAACAAGCCAGUAUUUUCUCCAAAUAGUUAAGUGUGAAAAUCGGAAUUGCUGUAAACAACCAAGAGGAACAUGUUUUACAGCCAUGCCUGAUCGUUUUUUUCCACCAUUGAUACCGCUAUCACAACUCCCAGAGGGACGGCUCCAAGUUACGAACGCAUUAUGCCAUAAGAACCACAAGUUUCCGUCCCUUUUUGUUGGAAAAACCUUAAAGAUGAUAUUAUGUCUCACCUGACAACGGUUUAUAGAGUUUUACCUUAUGAUCUUUUUGUCCAUCUGUGCAAUCUCUUCUUAAGAGUCGAUGUUGCAAAAAAUGUUCAAUGUAUUUUGCAUCCAAUGUGUUGUUGAAAAAACACGUUACUGUCCAUGUAAAUUCAAAAUCACCAAUCGAUGCUGCUUCUGACAUAAUCAGGCAAGUGCCUACUUGUUUUGCUGCUCGUCGUCAAACUGAGCUUAUGGCAAUAACUUUGUUUGAGGAAAACGGAGAGCAUAUCGAUUGGAUUGAAGAAAAUGAAUUAGAUCUAUCUAAUGUUCAAAUCAUACCAAAAUAAGAUGUAGAAAAAAAUCUUUCCUUGUCACUUUACACAAUGGAUGAACACUUCUGCUCAUCUUGGACAAAUGCUAAAUAAUAUAUUAUAUGUAUGGUAAUUUUAAAGAUGAAUUUGAUAAAUUUCGUUUGUAAAAA